AUGGAACAACAGCAACAACAACAUACAGCUACGUGUCCCGUAACACUUCAAAAUAAUAAUAAUGGAAUAAAAGAGACUCACUUGACGGUCGAGGACCCUAAUUCCGGUGAAAGAACUCGCAAACGCUCCGUGCUGAAAAAUGGCGAAUGUAACGUGGUUCCUGUUAAAAUUUCUACAGAAAGAAGCCGUUUUAUGCACGAUAUUUUCACCACUUUGGUUGACUUGAAAUGGCGCUGGACGUUGCUCGUCGUGACCGGAAGUUUUGUGAUUUCGUGGCUGGUAUUUGGCUGCUUUUGGUAUUUAAUUUGUUAUUUGCAUGGAGAUUUUGAAGAAAUGCAUUUGCCAGUAAAUCAAGAAAAGAGUAAAUGGACUCCCUGCGUUUAUAACAUCGACUCAUUUACCAGUUCCUUCCUUUUUUCAAUGGAAACGCAAACGACACUUGGCUACGGGAUGCGAACCACAAGCGAACAAUGCACAGUUGCAGUCUUCUUAGUUUGUUUCCAGGCCUUGUGGGGAAUUAUUUCAACGGCAUUCGCUGUCGGAAUCGUCUUUGCCAAGUUGACGCGUCCCAAGCAGCGUGCCCAAACGGUUCUUUUCUCCAAGAACGCUGUUAUUUGUCGUCGUGAUGGAAAUUUGUGUCUCAUGUUCCGCAUUGGAGACUUGCGAAAAAGUCACAUAAUUGGCGCCAGCGUUCGGGCACAACUUGUUCGACGUAAAGUCACAAAGGAAGGUGAAAUCAUGGCACAAUAUUUGUCGGAGCUAGAUAUACAAACGGAUGAUUGUCAGGGAAAUGUGAUUUUUAUAUGGCCAAUGCUUGUCGUUCAUCACAUCACUCCUACAUCCCCAUUUUGGAAAAUGACAGCGAAAGAUUUCCAACAAGAGAAUUUUGAGAUCAUAGUUUCGCUAGAAGGAACUGUUGAGACAACAGGAUCAACGAAAAUUCAAGCCAGAUCAAGUUAUCUCAACUCGGAAAUUUUGUGGGGAUAUCGGUUUGAGCCGAUAGUGUCAUUUAACGCAGAAAAAAGAUGUUAUGAAACCGAUUAUUCGAGAUUUAAUGCACUUUGUUUCGUUAAUGAUUGCUGA